AUGACCGAUCAGAAACUCCUCUCGACCCAACAGAUCUCGACGCACAACUCACCAGAUGAUUGCUGGGUCGUUGUAGACAAGCAAGUGUGGGAUGUUACAGACUUCUUAGAAGAACACCCCGGCGGAUCAACCAUCAUCCUAAAGUACGCCGGCAACGACGCAACAGAAGCCUACUCCGAAGUCCACGCCCCCAGUGUCAUGAAAACCAACCUCCAAGCCGACAAAUUCAAAGGUGUCCUCGAUGAAUCCACAAUCGACGCCGAAUGGGCCAAGCCAUCAACAGUAACAGCCAAGACACUCCCAGACAAUGAGAAACCCCCACUAGGCACACUGAUAAACUCGCACGACUUCGAAGUCGUCGCAUCCAAAACCGCCAACAACAAAACCUGGGCCUUCUACUCCAGCGCCGCAACAGAUCUAAUCACACGCGACGCUAAUAAAUCCUGCUUCGACAGGAUCUGGUUUCGACCACGGGUUCUGCGCAAUGUGCGCGCAGUCGAAACUCGCACCAAAAUACUAGGCGGCGACUAUAAACUCCCGCUCUUCGUUAGUCCGGCGGCAAUGGCAAAGCUGAUCCACCCGGAGGGCGAGUGCGCGAUUGCACGAGCUUGCGAGAGUAAAGGCAUUAUGCAAGGUAUCUCAAAUAAUUCCUCAUACACCAUGGACGAACUACGCACCGCCGCUCCAUCCACAGACUUCUUCUUCCAACUAUACGUAAACCGCGACCGCGAAAAGUCCGCCGCCCUCCUACGCCAAUGCUCCGCAAACCCGAACAUCAAAGCAAUCUUCGUCACCGUAGAUGCGGCCUGGCCCGGCAAGCGCGAAGCAGACGAGCGCGUCAAAGCCGACGAAAGCCUCUCAGUUCCGAUGUCGCCGUCGAAAGCGCAGAACGACAAAAAGGGCGGCGGGCUCGGCCGAGUGAUGGCCGGAUUCAUCGAUCCGGGACUCACAUGGGAAGAUCUGAAAUGGGUGCGUCAACACACGCACAAACCGGUUUGUUUGAAGGGUGUUAUGAGUGCGGAUGAUGCGCGGAUGGCGAUGGAGGCGGGAUUGGACGGGAUUCUACUGAGUAAUCACGGUGGACGGAAUCUGGAUACGAGCCCGCCGUCGAUUAUUACGCUGUUGGAGAUUCAGCGGCGGUGCCCGGAGGUUUUUGAGAGGAUGGAGGUUUAUGUUGAUAGUGGGAUUCGGCGCGGGACGGAUAUUCUUAAGGCAGUUUGUCUUGGGGCGACGGCUGUGGGGAUGGGGAGGAGUAUGCUUUUUGCGACGAAUUAUGGGAAGGAGGGUGUUGAGCAUUUGGUUGAUAUCAUGCAAGAUGAAUUGGAGACGGCGAUGCGGAAUAUCGGUAUCACCUCGUUGGACCAGGCUUCGCCGGAUCUGUUGCACACGGGGGAUGUCGAUCACCUAGUGCCUACUACGGCCUCACACCCGUAUGCUCGGGGGGUUGCAAAGGGGCGACGCGGUGCCAAGCUAUAG